AUGGCUGUCUGCAGCGGAUUGGGGCGCCUGAUUGUCGUGCUGGUGACUGUCACAUUUCUUCCACAAGGCAUCUCCAGCGAUGCGGAGCCUCAAGAACGCUCCGCGGAGCCACUCGCACAGCCGCCGCUCUCGGAGCCGCCGCUCGCAGAGCCACCGCUCGUGGGGUUGCUGGAUAUCCAACAAAACGUCCGAGUCCAGAACAAGCAGGUGCCCCGCGGAUCGCUAGCGCAUCGCUUGCUUACCUCUCGGGUGGCGGCUCUGUGCCACGAAACGUGUGAUGCAGCCUGGAGCGCAGACGUGUUCAUGAAGCAUUCCGAUGACAUGAAGGCUGAGACAACAGGUACUGCACGGAUGUUGGCGGAACGUGCUGGAUCGAUGCGGAAUGCUGCACAGGAAGGCGUUGCCGACCGAUUCGUUGAGUCGUUGACGCUUCUGCUGGCCUUGGCUAGAGCUGGGAGGAUGUCGAGGGACAUGAUUUACUGGCAGGUGGGUGAUGUGGUCCGUGCCAUUGGAGGCAUCAGCUUCCCUGUUUGCGAGCUCUGCGAGGACGGAUUCAAGCAUGCAAGCCUGCAAGACCCACGCCCAUGCGGCUUGUCUCAGGAUGGGGCAAAGAAACUCAUGGUGCUGAGGCACAUGUACGAAGCUGCAGAGCUCGCAGAGAUGAGGAAGGGAGCAGCAUUGAGGGCCACGCUUCACGCCAAGGAGCUGGUCGCCUCUCAGAAGUGUGAAGAGCUGCCUUUGUCAUCGCUGCGGGGGCGGCCUCUCAAGGUAAUCUCGCAGAAGGCCUAUGCCAUGCAGGAGAUCUCAGAGGAUGUGGAUCUCCAAGCUGUAGGCAGCCUGUUUUGCUGCCGUUCAGUGGGAGAUGGUGAUAUGCUGUGGGAGCUGGAUUGGGACGAUGCCCGUGACAAGCAACGGGAGGAAUGCCUUCGGGUCUUCCGCGGGCUUCCGAAACAGGAGGAGGCACCCCGGAAGAUUGGAGGCGGACCUCAGGAGGUCUUCCACAUGGCGCUCGCAGCUUUGCGGCCCUUCGCUUCCGAAGGCAUGCUCCCCUGCCGCGAAGUGGAGCAAGCUGGUGUCAUGGAGUUCCUCAAAGCUUCCCUGCACGGCCGCGGAAAGAAAGAGGUUCUCUACGUUUCGGGAAUGCCUGGAACCGGAAAAACCGCUUCUGUGCUGGACGCGGUCAAGCGUUUGGAGAAAGCAAGGACUUCAACCCUGACCCCGAUCAAGUUUGCUUAUGUGAACGCAAUGUGCUUGUCUUCCCCAUCUGCUGUCUUUGCGGAGAUCCAGCGCAAGGUCAUCGGACAACCACAGAAGAGAAAGCGUAGUGCAAGUGAUGGAGAGGAAGCCUUGCGGCAAGCCUUGACCUGCGCUGGUAGCGAGGUGAUCAUUCUGGUUAUCGAUGAGGUCGAUGCACUCCUUACGCAGGGGCAGACUGUGCUCUAUCGCCUUUUCGACUGGAUGUCGCAACCAGCUGCACGGCUGGUGGUGGUGGCAAUCGCCAACACCAUCGACUUGCCAGAGCGUUUACUGCCGCGGGUGUCAAGUCGCUUGGGUAUCCGGCGCGUCAACUUCGAAGCCUACAAUAGAGACCAACUUCACACCAUCCUGGCAGAUCGACUGCGAGCUGGAGGAGCAGAAGCUGCCAUCACAAGCAACGCUUUGCUGCUCUGUGCUGCUCGUGUGGCCGCAAGUGGCGGAGAUGCCCGAAAAGCCUUGCAGGUCUGCCAGGGCGCAGUGCAACGCGCCAUCGAUGCUUCUGCUUCGAAUGGCAAAGAGCCAGAGGCAGUCACUUGCUCCCAGAUGGAUAAAGCCGAGGCUCAGCUCUUGAGACAAAAUCCCGUGGCUGUCGGGAUAAUGAAUCUGAACCUCAAGCCCCGUUGCUUCCUGCUUGGCCUUAUCUUGGAGCUCCGGAAUCAGAAUGCGUACUCCCUGCCCUUGAAGACGGUAGCUCGGCGCUACGAGGGCAUUAUGCGUAUUCUACAACAGCGUGAUGAGGGUGCAGGGAAAGCCACACGUGCCGUUUCAUCGGAGAGGUGUGCUCAAGAAUCUGCCGAAUUUCAGCAGCGCUUGACGGAUUGCUGUAUCCUUGCGCGCUAUGCUACUGAGACGAACGAGGAUCAUGAAGGCCUUGCCAUGGGGCUUGGAUUCGGGCCCAACAUCGAUGUCUCCGAGGCGGCAAAUGCACUGUCUGUCGCACCAGGCGAUGAAAUCGCCAAAGAGUUGUUGGACCUACAGCCACCUCCUCAAGUUCGACGUGUGGGCUGA